UUUAACACUAUUCGAUUAUUUGGCUUGGCUGGCUGAGUGACGAAUUCUUAACGGAAACCAACAUAUUGAUUUUCUUUUAAUUUCCUUCCUUUUCUGAUCAACCAAACUGGCUAACCCAAAAGAUAAAGUGUCUCUUUUUAAAUGUGGCAAGCGUUUUGCUGUUGCUCUCUUUACUCUUUUUGGAGUCCUCACUAAAAUCAUGCUAGAUUGAAUGAAUCUGGUUGGAGCUACUGUGUUGGGGUAAUCUUAGUGGGUUUCUUCUGUUACUGGGAUUGUCUCUCAAUCUGAGCUCCUGGGUCUUGAUUUUGAGCUGUUGAUCUGUUAAAGUUUGGUGUUUCUGGGAAUCUGUUUCUGGGUUUGCAGAUUCUGUGGAAGUGUCAUUGGGGUUUUCAUUUCCACAUCAAAAUCAAGGUAUUGAGAUCUCUAAUUUAUGGUGUAGAACUGAUAUUUCUUGAACUGUGUAUGAACCUGUCAGUUAGGGUUUGAUUUCCAUGAGAACUAGUUUUUCAGGGGAAGAGGGUUUUGGUCUCUGAAUUGGGUGGUUUUCUACUAGGUGAGGGUGGGCUUAUGAAUCUAAGAAUCGGGAUUCCAAGUACAAGAAAGUGAUUUUUAUUGAGACUUUCUGAUUAUUUUGUGAAAUUUGUAUCUGAUCAUGGAGAAACUGACUUAGUUUCACUGGUUUGGAAUUGGAUAAAUUGUGAUUCCAAGGAGGAGGAAACAUUUUCUUCCUUAAAGCUUGGUAAGAUUUUUGUGAAAUUUGUGUAUGUAUUUUAGCUCUUGAAUCUGAAAAUUGGAGUUGCAGGACAAGGAGGGUAAUUUGUUGUGGAGAUUGAGUGAGAUUUCUGUGAAUUUCGUGGAUGAUCAUGGAGAAACCGACCAGCUCCCGGGGUGUGACCAUGGAAAAGCAGCAAAGUUUUCGUGGGGUGAUGGAAAAGCAGCAAAGUUUUCGGGGGGUGAUGGAAAAGCAGCAGAGUUUUCGUGGAUUGAUGGAAAAACAGAAAAGUUUUCGCGGGUUUAUGGAGAAGCAGAAGAGCUUCCGAAUAGCAAUGGAGAGGCAGCUAAGCUUUGGUGGCAGCAGUGAGAGGAAGAAGGUAAAGGAGUCACCUGGAAAACGUGGUGAUUCGCACCUUCAUUUAGCUGCUCGAGCAGGGAAUUUAACUAGGGUUAAAGAGAUUAUUGAGAAGUGUGAGAGUAGUGAGUUGAAGGCUUUAUUAUCAAAGCAGAAUCAGGAGGGAGAGACCCCGCUUUAUGUGGCCUCAGAGAAUGGGCAUGCCUUAGUUGUUAGUGAGCUUCUGGAACAUGUGGACCUUCAAACUGCAUCUAUCAAAGCAAACAAUGGCUAUGAUCCAUUUCAUGUCGCCACAAAGCAGGGUCACCUUGAGGUGUUGAAGGAACUUUUGCAGUUUUUCCCCAACUUGGUCAUGACCACAGAUUCAUCCAAUUCAACUGCUUUACACACAGCUGCUGCUCAGGGGCACAUUGAUGUAGUGCACCUCCUUCUUGAAACUGACCCAAACCUUGCUAAGAUAGCCCGAAACAACGGUAAGACCGUCCUCCACUCAGCAGCAAGAAUGGGACACUUGGAAGUUUUAAAAGCACUAGUAAGCAAGGAUCCAAGCAUCGUCUUUAGGACUGAUAAGAAAGGUCAAACUGCACUUCACAUGGCUGUGAAAGGGCAAAAUGUGGAGAUCGUGCACGCAUUGCUUAAACCUGAUCCUUCAGUUAUGAGCUUGGAAGACAAUAAGGGAAAUACAGCAUUACAUAUUGCAACAAGAAAGGGUCGUGGUCAGUUUGUACAAUGUUUAUUGUCUGUUGAGGGUAUAAAGAUGAAUGCAACAAACAAGGCUGGAGAGACCCCGCUAGAUAUUGCAGAAAAGUUUGGAACUCAAGAAAUUGCCUCCAUUCUAAGGGAAGCAGGGGCCACCAAUUCUGCAGACCAUGGAAAGCCUCCAAAUGCAGCUAAGCAACUUAAGCAGACUGUCAGUGACAUAAAGCAUGAUGUCCAGUCUCAACUCCAACAAACCCGACAAACUGGUGUCAGGGUCCAGCAUAUUGCAAAGAGGCUCAAAAAGCUCCAUAUCAGUGGUCUCAACAAUGCUAUUAACUCCGCAACUGUUGUUGCAGUUCUCAUCGCCACUGUUGCUUUCGCAGCCAUCUUCACAGUGCCUGGCCAGUAUGUUGAGGUGCCAACAAAAGGGGCUUCACUUGGGCAAGCCUACAUUGCCAGAACACCUGCUUUCCUCAUCUUCUUUGUGUUUGACAGCUUGGCAUUGUUCAUCUCCCUGGCUGUUGUUGUAGUCCAGACAUCUGUGGUCGUGAUUGAACAGAAGGCAAAGAAGCAGCUCGUCUUUGUGAUAAACAAGCUCAUGUGGAUGGCUUGCCUCUUCAUUUCAAUUGCCUUCAUUUCCCUUACUUAUGUGGUGGUGGGCUCACAUGCCAGGUGGCUAGCUGUGUGUGCAACAGUAAUUGGUAGCGUAAUCAUGCUUACUACAAUUGGCGCCAUGUGCUACUGUGUCAUUUUAAAUAGAAUAGCGGAUGCAAAGAAGAGAAAUAUAAGGAAAGCUGAGAGCCGGUCCCGUUCUUUCUCAGUGUCUAUGGCAUCAGAGUCAGAGCUUUUGAACAGCGAAUAUAGAAGGAUGUAUGCACUUUAAGAUCAAAAACAGUACGAAAAAGAAGAUUGAAUGGCCUAUUAUAGCUAUGUGUAUGUUGCAAUAACUGGUUGCCUCCUCCCUAUUAGCCAUUCAAUCAUUAAAACUCAAGCUGAGGCUUCAUCACCUGCAGACUACGAAGAGAUGAAACAGGUGGUCACUUCAGCAAUUCAAAUGAGAAGCAUUCAGAUGAUUCACCCCAUCAUCUGCUCUGCUUAUUAGGAACUUUCCCCUAAAUGCUCCAAUAGAGUACCUUGGUUUCCUCCCCUCUUUUGUGAUCUGUGGUUUUAACAUCGCAACAAGUUCACAUGAGGAUUCAAAUUUGAUGGCUUUACUAGGAUAGCUCACAAAUUUGAUUGAAACUCAAGAAUAGGCAGGACAGGUUUCCAAUAGGUGAUGUUUUUCUUGUAUCUGUAUCCUGAGUUCAUACAUAAUCCAGUUGUGAUGUAAUAACAUAUGAUGUUUAUAAAUAGCCUAGUGCAUCUUUUGCCCUCA